GGCAGUUCCUGUCUACUAUCAUUUCAAUUUCUUCUUCUUCUUUAUUUUUUUUUUUCAAGUAGCAGCUCUUUUUUGCCUUGGUUGGGAAUUUUCCGAAAGCUCGAUAAGCAUCGUUGAAUCCCGAUAUAUCCCAUCCGUAGGGCAUUACAUAGAGCUGCUCAAAUAAUGGGAGACUUUAACAAAAAGAAAGCCGCUAUAAUUAGCGCAUCUUCGCUACUACUUGUUGCUAUGGUUGUUGCGGUGACCGUUAGCGUUACCCAUCAUUAUUCGGCCGAUGACGACAAUAAAGAUGCUGGUCAUACAAUCUCUCAAUCACAAAAAGCAAUAGAAGCUAUUUGUCAGCCAACACAAUUCAAGAAGAAUUGCGUUGACAGUCUCUCUUCUGCAGCAGGAAACACCACUGACCCUAAAGAACUUGUCAAGAUUGCAUUCAAAGUUGCGGUUCAGAAGAUUACUGAUGCUAUUAACAAAUCUGCAACUUUGCAUGAAAUUGAAAAAGAUCCAAGAAAUAAAGAAGCUCUCGAGACUUGUAAGGAGGUUAUGGAUUAUGCCAUUGAUGACCUUAACCACUCUUUCGAUAAGAUGAGUGAGUUUGAUGUCAGUAAAGUUGAUGAAAUGCUUGCCGAUCUCAAAACCUGGUUAAGUGGAGCAGUUACUUAUCAAGAGACAUGUUUAGAUGCGUUCCAAAACACAACUGGUAAUGCAGGAGAGAACAUGAGAAAAGCUUUGAACAGUUCAGCUGAGCUGACAAGAAACUCACUAGCCAUUGUCUCUGAGAUUUCUACUGUUCUUACGUCUCUACAAAUCCCACUCUUUAGCCGUCGUUUACUUUCUGACGAAUCCGCACUACCAUACCCAACAGAGGAUGGUUUCCCCACAUGGGUUGCCGCAGGUAAACGCCGUUUAUUAUCAUCUUCUGCUGCUGAUAUCAAGCCUAACGCAGUUGUGGCCAAGGACGGGUCUGGACAGUUUACCACCAUUAACGCAGCACUCCGCACUUACCCUAAGACAAAGAACAACGCGACUUUCAUCGUGUACAUUAAACAGGGUACCUACAAUGAACACAUUUUGAUCAACAAGAGCAUGCCCAAUGUUAUGUUGAUCGGAGAUGGACCUACAAAGACUAAGAUCACUGGUAACAAGAACUUUGUUGAUGGUGUCGGUACCUUCAAGACCGCAACAGUUGCUGCUGUUGGACCCGGGUUCAUUGCCAAGGACAUUGGAUUUGAGAACAGUGCUGGUGCAAUCAAGCAUCAAGCAGUUGCAUUGAGGGUGCAAUCAGACAUGUCAAUCUUCUACAACUGCCAGAUGGACGGAUACCAAGACACACUUUACGCACACACCCACCGUCAGUUCUACCGUGACUGUACCAUCUCUGGUACAAUCGAUUUCAUCUUCGGUGACGCUGCUUCGGUUUUCCAAAACUGUAAAAUCAUCAUAAGAAAGCCACUCGACAACCAACAAUGUAUUGUAACAGCUCAAGGCCGAAAAGAUUUAAGACAAAACACUGCAAUUGUUCUUCAAGGAUGUACCAUCAGUGCCGACCCAUUGUACUACCCAGUAAGAGACACCAUUAAAUCUUACCUUGGUAGACCAUGGAAGGAAUACUCAAGAACCAUCAUCAUGCAGACAAGCAUCGACGACUGCAUCGCAGAAGAAGGAUGGUUGCCAUGGAUGGGUGAUUUUGGUUUGAACACUCUUUUCUACGCCGAGUUCCAAAAUGUUGGACCUGGAGCUUUGAACACAAGAAGAGUAAGAUGGCCUGGUAUCAAAACCAACACAUUGUCAGAGAAGACAUUCUUAGAUUUCACUCCUGGUAAUUUCCUCGGUGGAGAGGGUGGUGAUUCAUGGAUUACCAAAUCUGGUGUUCCAUACACACCAGGUAUGUUGGCCUCGCCACCACCAGCUCACUAAACAACCAAAAAGAUCAACGUUUGCUAACUGCACCAGCAAAAUACAAAACCAAAGACUAUUUCUGAAUUGAGAAGAAGAAGAAGAAGAUAAGAUAAUAAAAGUUUUUUCUGUUCAUUGAUGUAUGUACUAUUGGGAAGUUUAAUUUAUUAAUCCUUUACUUAAAAUUUUGUAUUAUAAUUUUCUCCAUUUUUCUUUCUGUUUUUUCCUGAACUGAUCAACGGGCAUAUUACGGAUAGUCCUGAUCUGUCUAGUGAAAUUAUACAACGAAAAUCUUUUGUUGUUUCUCUUGCUGAA